AUGAAGGUCACCUUCAAGGACCUGAAGCAAAAUAAAUUUACGCUCGACAUCGAGCCAACGGACCUGAUCUCCGCCGUCAAGCAAAAGAUUAGCGAAGAGAAGGGCUGGGAUGCCAAGCAGCAGAAACUCAUCUACUCUGGCAAAAUUCUCAAAGAUGACGAGACCGUUGAGUCGUACAAGAUUGAGGAGAAGGGCUUCGUUGUCUGUAUGGUGAACAAGCCCAAGGAACCCAAGCCCGCUGCUUCUGCUGCAUCUUCCUCCACCGCCAAUGUUCCUUCUACCCCCGCUCAGCCCGUGGCCUCGACACCCGCCGCCCCUCCUGCGCCCGCUGCACAACCCUCCACUCAGGCUGCCGUUCCAUCGACCCCGACACCCGCCCGGUCCGCCGCACCUCCAGCUGAUACCCCUGCCUCCUUCAACGACCCUUCCGCCCUGACUCUUGGCGUCGACAGAGAGGCUGCCAUAGCCAACCUGGAAGCCAUGGGUUUCGAGCGGUCGCAGGUCGAGGCUGCCAUGCGUGCAGCUUAUUUCAACCCCGACCGUGCCGUGGAAUAUCUCCUCAACGGUAUCCCCGAAGGCCUCGCACAGGAAAGACGCGCUCCGGCUGCCCCGGCAGCUUCUGCCCCUGCGGCCGAACCCGCUGCCGCCCCUCAAGCAGGUGGCGGUGACGAAGGCAGUGUGAACCUCUUUGAUCUUGCUGCCGCUCAACAGGGCGGCGGUGGGUCUACCGCGCGCAGUGGAGGUGAGGCUGCCCCGGCAGCUGGCGCGCAACAAGGUUUCGGGAACCUCGACUUCCUCCGAAACAACCCACAGUUCCAGCAGCUUCGCCAAGUCGUCCAGCAACAGCCCCAGAUGCUCGAGCCCAUCCUCGAACAGCUCGGAGAAGACGCCGAUGACGAUGCCCCGCUCCCACCCGGCGCCCAAGCCAUCUCCGUAACGGAGGAAGAGCGGGACGCCAUUGAAAGGCUAUGCCGCCUCGGUUUCAGCCGUGAGGAGGCUGCCCAGGCUUACUUUGCUUGCGACAAGAACGAGGAGCUCGCCGCAAACUUCCUCUUCGACCAGCCCGACAAUGAUGAUGGUGCCCAGUAA